AUGUCCAACCGAACCGCCGUGACCGAAUCUCUUCUCCUAGGAUUCUCUGACAUGCGGGAAAAGCAGAUUUUACAUUUCCUGGUGUUUCUAAUACUUUAUCUGGCAGCUGUGGUGGGGAAUCUUCUCAUCAUCACAGUGGUAGCACUCGACCAUCAUCUUCACACCCCCAUGUACUUUUUCCUGGGCAACUUGUCCUUCCUCGACCUCUGCUACAUCUCUGUCACCGUCCCGAAGUCCAUGGCUGACUCCCUAACCAACAACAGACACAUCUCUUUCUCUGCAUGUGUCACCCAAGUCUUUCUGGUUGUAACUUUUGCAGUAGCAGAGCUGUCCUUUCUCACAGUGAUGGCAUACGACCGCUACAUUGCAAUCUGCCACCCUCUGCAUUACAAGGUGACCAUGAGCAGAGAUGCAUGCACACAGAUGGCAGGGGUAUCAUGGAUCAGCAGCAUGAUGUGCUCUGUAUUACACACUGCAAAUACCUUUAGGUUACAUUUCUGCAGGUCCAAUGUUAUCGCUCAGUUUUUCUGUGAUAUCCCACAGUUGCUUAAGAUCUCUUGCUCUGAUACACACGCUAAUGUAAAUGUCAUGAUUGUCCUUGGGUCACUUCUAGAUGUGGUCUGCUUUGUAUUGAUAAUUGUAUCGUACAUUCACAUCUUCUCCACGGUGAUGAAAAUCCCCUCUGACCAUGGCAGGUACAAAGCCUUCACCACCUGCAUCCCACACCUGGUGGUUUUUUGUUUAUUUAUUGGUACAGCAUCAUUUAUGUACAUGAGGCCCAGGUCCAUGUCUUCAACAUCUCUGGACCUGCUGGCUGCUGUGUUGUAUUGUGUGGUGCCACCACUAAUGAAUCCAAUCAUUUACAGUCUAAGAAACAAAGAGAUAAAAGGUUCUCUGUGGAAAAUGCUAGGCAGGCUUUUUUCUCAAGAAAAAUGA